AGAGAUAACUUUUAUGCAAAUGUGGGACAAUCCAAAUUCAUUCAAGCAUAAAUCCUGACUGAGAGAAAAACAAGACACAAGCUGUGCAGACAAUAUCAGCGGAGACUUGGAUCAGUGUUUAAAGAACUCUCUCUAAAGUAUUUCAGUACAUUUAGUUAUCUUUGGAUCACACAUUACUUAAUACGAUGGGGAUAAUAACACUCUUUCUCCUCUGCAGCUUUGUAGUGGGUACUGCUCAGAGUAAGGUGACUUUAGAUCGGGACCGGCCCUAUUUGAGGAAGCAAGUCUCUCACGAAGCUAAACUGGAGUGCUGCUACACCACCGGGGAUAAGUCAUUGAAUGUCACAUGGGUCAAGCAAACCACCAACCGAACCAUACACACUGUGCAUCUAUCAGAAGGAGUGACAGAAGGAGUGCCUAAAGAAGUCGCACCGGGCAAAUCCUGCGGCACCCUGACCUUUUAUCCCCUCCGUCAGUGCCACUCUGGGCUGUACCGCUGUAAGCUCAGGGGCAACAAUGUGAACGUCCUGUCACACGGCACCUACCUGCAGAUCUACAAGCCGAUGGAGAAGACAAUCAAUCUGAGUGAGACCACCAAAAACACGAUCCUGACAGCCGAGGGGGUCUUGCUGCUACUGUGUGUGCUUUUGCCCUCUAUCUCCCUUCUCUCCAAGUCAAAGAGGCUAAAUGUACUGGAGAAGAAUAAAAUUACGAAGGAAGAGGAAAACAUAUAUCAGGGGCUAAAUCUGGACGAAUGCUGGUCCACAUAUGAUCAGAUUGAACGUCCCCAGACACAUGGCCAGUACCAGGAUGUGGGCAACUUAAAGGGGAAAGAGGAGGAGGAGGAAGAGGAGGAGGAGAUCCAGCUGGAAAAACCCUGAAGGAAAUUGGAAAGAUAAAGAAAGGGAGAGUGUUGAGUCUAUUUUAAGUGCUGACCUACAACUCUGUGAUAUCUUAAUAUCAUCUUCAUUCUUUACCGUACCGCACGCAUUUGGAGUUUUGUACAGAGCGUGCAGUUACAGUUUUAGCAUCUGAUAACGUAUCUUUUAAGCAGCUUGUUUAUUUGAGAUUGAACAGAUUUUUGAACUGGAAAGCAGUUGAUUUAUCAGUCUCGCCAAUGGCACCACUCAGUCAAUGUUGGCCAGGAUUAUAGAAAUAUGAAAGGCAGAUGUUCAACAUGAUUGUAAAGAUAUCUAUUUUCUACAAAUGAUUUACAGUGCUACUAAUAGCAAUAUAAAUGUGUCUUCCACUCCUUCAUUUAUCAAACAUUGUAUUCUAAUGAAGUUCAAGAAAACUGAGUCUAGAAAAUAAGGGUAUAUGUCUCUGGAAUCUGCCUUUUGUAUGUAUAAUAAACACUGCAGUGGGAAGUAAUAAUACUCAACAUGGACAAAAAGUGUUCAGACUUUGAAAACCAGGCAACUUCCUCUUUUGAGAAAUAUUUUAUGAUAUGAAU